GGCUACGUGCUUCAUUUUCGCUAGGACCGAGCAUGGCCGCUCUCAUACAGCUUAUCGCUCGCCAAGCUCAAGCUACAUUUACUCGAAGUUUCGUUGAUGAUGCCUUUCCAGAAUAUUUUUCAAAACUGCGUCGUCUGGUAAACCAAGUGACGUGUGCCGACGUCGGUCUGGACGAUGCUACGCUACGCAACACGACCGGUACUUGGGUGAACGGUGCCACCGCUGCUCCAGUGACGUAUAUUUCCCUUUUCGAGAAUGUUACGUUUACCAUGGGCAUCUUUAUCGUGAAACAGGGUGCACGCCUUCCUUUGCACGACCAUCCUGAGAUGUUUGGAAUACUCAAAGUUAUCUACGGAUCCGGGAAUAUUACCAGCUACAACGUCAAACAGCGAAAGACUCAGUCACGUAGCAUUCUUAGCAUUCGACCAAACAGCGACAGAGACGUUUUACUCGUCGAGAAGCAUGUCCAUGAUAAUGUGAAUGCCAGCUCCGAUGCAUGUUGUCUGACCCCCACGAAUGGAAACAUUCACGAGAUUGUAACAGUAGAUCAACCUGUUGCAUUCCUUGAUGUUCUCGCCCCUCCGUAUGAUAUGAAAGCUAGGAUUUGUCAUUAUUAUAAAGUUCUUCAGGAAUCACAGGAAAAUGUCGUGCUGCAAGAAAUUCCGCCGCCUCCGGAGUACUGGUGCGAUUCUGAAGAUUAUAAGGGACCACUUUUAAACAGCAGCAUUGUAAGCGGGCACUCCUGAAAUCAAGGACUAAUGUACACCCUCGAAUUGUACAGCGAAAGCACAAUGGAACUACAACCCACAACGUUAGUGAAAUCGUGAAUUUUAUAAUAUGAUUUCUCCUGUUAGCAAUGUGAUGCGGACGAAUGGACGAUUUUAUGCCUGCCGCACAACAAAUGCUAUGUAAGUGUAUGAUACUGAUCUCUGGUAUGUAGUUAUAUGUUUGAAAAUUAACUUUUGUUUCUGCGACCAUCUGGCAAAUGCAUGAGUUCUACAAGGUAAAUAAAAUGAAGUGAUGGUGA